CGUUAUGUCCACUAACGUGUCCAAUAAUUUAAGACAUUAUGAUACUGAGGUAGGAGAAUAAGCACAUGUAUGAUCCCGAUCAAUGCUUAUCCUUGGUGGGGAAGCCCCACUUUGGCGCACAUCUCGAUUACGGGGAUUUCCCUCGUACGAUACCAGCCGAGAAUGUUUUCGAUACCGGUUGUAUGUCUUUCUUCUGACCUUGUUCAGAUGCCAAAAACGACAAAUAUCCGAUAGUCUUUAUAUGGCAAUGGCGACGUCAAAAGACUAUGGACUGCAUGGAUCACAGUUGAGGCAUUGGUUGAUCAAUUUGGUCGAUGAAAAUGAAAUUGAUGGCUUAGAGUGGACAGACGACAGCAAGCAGGAAUUCAAACUUCCCUGGCCCCAAAAAGACCGACCUGGCUGGGAAGAUUUAUAUCGAAUCCUUCGAGGAUGGGCUGACAAUAAAAAUAGACAAGACAAGCCUGGUGUAAAAUCCGACUUUUCCACAUUAAAAUCAAACUUUCGCACUCUUCUAAACAAGUGCGACGACUUUAAAUUGGUUAAAGAUGAAACUGACAAACAGUCAGAUAAUUAUAAAGUGUAUAAGGUACUUUCACCAAAAGAGGUUAAUUUAAGAAAACAAAAAAGGAAAGAAGAAGAAGAAGAAAAACAGAAAAAAAGAGAAAAAAAAUCGAAACGAAGGAAGACAGCAAACCCUAAUCUAGAUGAUGGCAAAUUAAAAACUGUCGAUGGCAAAAUAGAUUUGGAUAUGCCUCAUAGUCACACACAAGCAACUUUUGUAAAUAGUAUAAAACCAGAAAAUGGAAUUAUGCAACAUAUAGAGUCUGAUUCAGUGAAAUUUAACAAUCUAUCAAAUGGUACAAUAGGAAACAAUGCUCUCGAAAAUCGCUACAUUGACAAUGUUGCAACAUAUGAUACUUUCCAUAUUAGCCCACCACCAAGCAUUCAAAUGGAUCAUAAUUGGUCGCCAAUGAGUGAUCAACAAUACGUAGGAAGUAGAGGGCAUUCACAUACAACUAAUGGGUCAUUUGCUCACAUGCCUACAGAUGUCCCGUCAUCUUCAUCAGCUGUUGUAAUGUCUCGACAGAGCAAAAACAGUGUUGAACAAGCAUCUACAUUUCAACGUUUUCUAAAAGAUAUGGGAAUUUCUAGCGACAAAUUUCAUAGAUGUGAAUUUAGGGUUUUCUAUAAUGGUAACAUAGUUUCAGAAGAGCAAUUUGAUGAUACUGUGAAAGGAUAUAGAAUAUGCUAUGGUGAUCAGAACACAGUUUAUAAUUUGUUACCGAUGCAAUAUUUCACGGAAGAACAAAUGCUUGAUUUCACACAAUUUAACCUGGUACAAUUGCCGCAAACAUCAGUAGAACAAAAUAGUACAAACUUAACAGAAACUCUUAAGAUGUUCGAUUUAGGUGUGGUGUUUCGUUAUGAACCAGAAACUCUGUCAUUCCUCAUGAAAAGAAAAUGCCAAAGCUAUGUAUAUUAUUUAGAUCCAAAUCUAGAUUACCAAUAUCAAAAACCAAUAAAACUAGAUCGUGAAGAAGAGAUAUGUGUUUUUUCGUAUGAAAAAUAUCUCACGCAACUUCAAUCUCAAACUCAAGAAUUAGAGGAUGUGACAAUUUUUGUGUCAAUUGGGUCCAAGUCUGUCAUUGAUUUUCAAAAUCGGAAUAUUGUUGGAAUAAAAAUGGAAUUCUCCCCAAUUGUUUUGAAGGAUUUGAUGGAAAGGAGGCCGAUCAAAGAUUCAAGCAAUGUAUCACUUUGCUUUAGUGAGGCAACACAAUUCGAACUACUUUUAAGAAAACUGCAAAACACCAAUCUUGGUUGAAGUAUUCAACUUCUUUUUUUGUUAAAUUUGAUUUCGCACUUAACUGUACAUAUAGAACCAUUUUUUUCAAGUUCAUGUUUUAAAUAAUCGUCCAAGUUCCCUUUGUCUCUGUUUUAAAAACGAGUUUUUACUGUUCACCACAUAAGAUUAUGAGUACCCCUGACAGCGACUCGUUAAAUAUGUCAGUUCAUUUAAUUUUUUCCUUAUUGCGAUUAGAACUUUUUAAUUACAAUGCACCUAGUGUAGACUUUACCACCCAUUCUUAAAAUGAUGAUAGCUGGGAUGUUUGCAACUUGAACAAAUCAUCAUUUAGGGUCUAGUAUGAUUGUAUUAUUUUAUCAUUUGAACUUAUGGAAGAUACUACUUUAAUGCUAUCUCCUUCAAGCAUUUUUGCAUUGAUUACUGUCAGUUGAUUAAAUAUGUGUUUCCUUUUUAGCAAUGAUAUUUCAUCAUUAUCCUGCAGAAUAAGAUUCUGUUUUGAGAGGUUUCAUCUUUCACACACUUCUGAAAUUUUACUUUGAAUUCAAGGUAGUCUGUAUAACAUUUUUGAGUGAUCACAGAUCGUAAUAAUAUAUUCUUUCGUGAAA